CAUGCUGCAGCUUGCUUAUGAGAAACCAAGAGACUGUUACCAUGGCGGGGAAGCCCAAGCUUCACUACUUCAAUGGACGGGGCAGAAUGGAGCCCAUCCGGUGGCUCCUGGCUGCAGCUGGAGUGGAGUUUGAAGAGAAAUUUAUAGAAUCUGCAGAAGAUUUGGAAAAGUUAAGAAAUGAUGGGAGUUUGAUGUUCCAGCAAGUACCAAUGGUUGAGAUUGACGGGAUGAAGCUGGUGCAGACCAGAGCCAUUCUCAACUAUAUUGCCAGCAAAUACAACCUCUACGGGAAAGACAUAAAGGAGAGAGCCCUAAUUGAUAUGUAUACGGAAGGUAUGGCAGAUUUAAAUGAAAUGAUCCUUCUUCUGCCCUUAUGUCGACCUGAGGAAAAAGAUGCCAAGAUUGCCUUGAUCAAAGAGAAAACAAAAAAUCGCUAUUUCCCUGCCUUCGAAAAAGUGUUACAGAGCCAUGGACAAGAUUACCUUGUUGGCAACAAGCUGAGCCGGGCUGACAUUAGCCUGGUGGAACUUCUCUACUAUGUGGAAGAGCUUGACUCCAGCCUUAUCUCCAGCUUCCCACUGCUGAAGGCCCUGAAAACCAGAAUCAGCAACUUGCCCGCGGUGAAGAAGUUUCUACAGCCUGGCAGCCCAAGGAAACCUCCGCCAGAUGCAAAAGCUUUAGAAGAAGCCAGAAAGAUUUUCAGAUUUUAAUAAAGCAGCCAUGGAGGCCAAGAGCAUGCAAGACCAAUAUUCUAAAGUUUGCAACAAUGAAGUGCUUUACUUAAGUGUUGACUGUGCCUGUUGUAAAGCUAAUGAAUCCUUUUCAAUUAUAUGCUAAUUAAAUAAUAAAAACUCCUAUUUGCCUACUUAGUUAAAAUUUAAGCCUUUUCAUUAGGAUCUGAUAUGAAUUCAGAUUUCUAAUCUCCUCCUAACCUGUCUCUUUCUUGAAAAUAAAAAUUUAGUAAAAAUGGGAAAUGUAA